UGUAAGGCUUGUUGCAACUGGCUGUAGCCUGGCAGUGUUUUGAUUCCUGAAGCCAACCCUCACGCUACCUACAUAGACGAGGAUCACGAACCACCUCGCUACCACGUCUAUCUUGUUUCCGCUUGGCUCAUCUGAAGUUCAAAGGGCGGUCCAGCAUCAUCAAUUCGUGCCGGGCGAUCGAGACUAGUGCCGGUGCCCCGCCUCUUGAAUGUCCUGACUCUUCAAGCGAGUAGGGUGAAGCUUCCGGAUGAUGCCCCAAUGCAAAUGCAAGAGCUUGUUUAAUAUACGUGCCCUGGCACAAUGGCACUGGAGCUAUCACUGCCAAUAACUCGAUCGGUCUGCUGCGACCCUUCGAUUCCCAAAGCGAGGGACCUGAUGGGGUGCGCAAUCCAGAUGCAGGCUGCAUGGGGGCCUAGACCCGGCUUGAAUGGUUCACUAUGGUGACUGGCCACUGACGCUGCGGUGCUGCCGGCAGAGCUCCGCUGCGAGCGGCGUUUCUCCACACUUUCCCUCCCCUCGGCGAUCUUUCCCCUCCGAAGUGGAGAAGGACGUGAGUCCAUGAUUGAUGAUCCGUACAUACGUACAUUGUGUCGUACUUCACGCAACAUCCAAUCCCGCAACCCCCUUUUUCUUCCCUUCUUCUCUUCUUCUCAUUGUCUCGUGCCACAGUCGUUCCGUCAGAGCUGUUUCUGCACAAGCGCGAAAGGGGUGUAGAUCUUUUAUCAGUUUGGCUAGACCAUCACGUGUCGAGCUCAUGAUUCGUGGUUGGCUUUUGCCCUCCCAGUGUUUCAUGGCAUUCGCGUCUUGCCUGGCCUGCGUUUGUCAUACCGUCCCGGUCGGGAUCUCCCUGGACCAUUUCCCUCUCGAAUUGACAAACUCAAUAAUGAUGGGUAACCGCCAUGCCAUUCGCUCAGGAUCGACGGCAUCUGACUGGCCAAGCUGCCGUUCCCGCCGGCCAUCUCGGACACGCAGUGUGAUCAGACCACACUUGCGCGGGGUAACGCGAGCGAGGAGCAGUCGGAGGCCCAUUUCUCACAGCUAUUACGCAGGACCCGAGGAGAAUAGAGAGGGACAUACCGGAACGGAAAAGAAGCGAUGGAAGAAGGGUGUUAGGGGACGCAGCUCCGUUUGAUCUACUCAUUGAUUACGUCGUACACUAAGAUCCCCAGAUCAAACCCAACGUAAUCUGGACUAGACAUCGAGCCGCCGUGGCUGUCAAGCCCCCAAUUAAUGCGGUGUACGUACUUCCCUGGGAGCAAGCUCUCGCGCUACGACCGGGGCACUGCCGUUGUGUCUGAUGGUGACAGACAAGUGAACACCGUCAUCGUUCUGACCGGUGCAUCGACAAGCUUUC